UUCUAAAAGUGACAUAAUACAAAUUUUUACGCAGUAAAAAAUUUUUAAAUAAUAAAAUAAGUAAUUUAUUAAUUGUUCGAGUGAUAAAUAAUUAACAAUGUUAUUUUCUUCACCUAAUUGUUCGGUUUCCAUAAAUAAGUUAAGUUUUUGCUUGCAAAGAUUAAACGUGAACAUAAAACAAUGUCGCUACAAACAUCGGACAUUAAAGAAAUCGUAUGAAACACUUGGAUUGAGGGAAGAUUGUGAAGAUGAAGAUUUGAGGUUAGCGUUUGUUCAUUUAGCCAAACAAUACCAUCCAGACAGCGGGUCAUCAAGGGCUAAUUCGAUGAAAUUUUCUGAAAUUGAAAGUGCAUACAGAUUGAUUCAACGCGAAAGAAGUUCUUGCAAAGAAGACAAUGACUCAUUGCUGGAAGUCGAAGAAUUUGAUAUCAAACAUACAGCACCCCAACAUCGGCAUUUCUUGGCCUACGACACUGGCAUUGGCACAUUGUCGGAAAGACAAAGAAGACAUACUAGAGAAAGAGCGCAAAAAGCCAUCGACAAUGUAAUGGAGCACAGAUUGCAGAAAAUACAAGCUGCUGAGAGAAAUACUCUGGUAGGAAUGGACAAGCGUCGUGCUGGAGAUGUCAAAACGCGUUUUGGUAUUGAUAGAUUGGUUGAAGACUUGAUUCAGGAGUCUAUGAACAAAGGAGAGUUUAAAGACCUGCCUGGUAUGGGAAAACCUCUGAGAGAUCGAGCUAGCGCACAAAACCCUUAUGUUGAUUUUGUUACUCAUAAAUUGAACGAGAUAUUAAUUGACAAUGGAUUUACCCCAGAAUGGAUACGGCUAUCGAAAGAAAUACGAGAAGAAACAAAAGAGCUAGAAAAUUACUUGACGGAAGUACAAAAUGAGUUGGGCCCUGCGCCUCUGUCAUUUGACGAGGAUAAAUUAUGGCAAAACGCAUUAAAAAACUCUGAAGAAGCUGUAAAAAAUAUAAACAAAAAAAUCAAUACAUACAAUUUGCUUGUGCCUAUUCUUCAGAAACAAAUGUUGUUGAUUGACUUGAACAGUAUUGCUAAAAAAAUUAUUGAAAAGCCACCUUCUCCUCAAAAUAAAAAAUCUAGAGAUAAUGUGACAGUUGAUAAUAAUUCAAUGUCUACUGGGAUGUUAGAUUUACUUUCUUGGGUAUUUGAUCGUAAAAAAACUUGAUUUAAGGUAGUUCACUCAUCAACAAAAUUAGGUACAUACGCUGUUAAAAUUGAAAAUCAAUUGACCUUACCAAACUUGAGAUAAUUGUAAUUAAAAAUGACAUUUUGCAGAAGUAAUGCGGCAAAAGACUGAAAAAUCACAAAUUUUUAUUCUUUUGGCAUGGAAGGACCUAAAAAAUUUCGAAGCUCCUAAUUAUGUAGUUUUUU